AUGCCUCCCAACGCGUUCACGGCCGGCCCCUCUGGGGCACUCGACAAGCGCACGACGUUCUAUGGGCUCUUCGGAAAUGUAUCAGACGGCGUCGCUGCGAUUGCCGCAAAUGACAUGGACGUCAUAUUGCAAGACGGGUACAUGAGCGUGGUGAUGUCUAUACUGUUCACGUUUCUCUCCAUCGUAUUCUUCACGGCCCUGCGGCACUUACUAAAAGACGGCCUGCGAAGUCGACCCAAUAAGUGGAUGCUAGCCGCUUUAACGAUCAUGUAUGGAUGCGCGACGGUGAGCUACGCCUUCGAGCUCCUCACUUUCAGCCAGGACGUCAAAUUCACCACCGAGGACUUCACUGGGCGCUACGACACUUCCAAUAGCAAUAUUGCCUCUAUCGCGUCCAUAGGACAGUACGUAAUUCAGGGUGUGAGCGUGCUGUGCGGAGAUCUUGUCAUCCUCUGGCGAACGGGUGUGGUCUGGCACAACAGCACCGUCAUACGGAGACUGAACUUGCUCUUUUUGAUUCUGGUCAUUCUCACCUGGAUAGCUGGGAUAGCCAUCCUCGCCAUGUUCGGUAUCCAGUUCGCGCUCAUUCCCUUGGCUUUAUCUCUCUCCAUCAACCUAUGGAGUACGGGCGCGAUCGGCUACAAAACCUGGCAUCGUCGUAACAUGCUACGCCGCCAGAUCUUCAUGGCUGGUCGCUCAUCUGGCUCAGCCGUCGAAGGUGCUCUCGCAGUGCUCACAGAGACCGGUAUAGCCUACACGGUGUUAUGGAUCAUCUAUGUCGCUGUCGUGGCGUCUUUCUUCUUCGGUCCCAGAUCGUUCGACGACGUCGCGCUAGACCAAGGCUUCCAGUGGUUUUGGAUAAUCAUGAACAUGUUGAUUCCGCUUUAUCCGACGUUACUCAUCCUCCUCAUCGCUCGACGCAUCACGCCGCUCACCGAGACCCUCACCUCGAUUGACGCGAGUACAGUGGAUUCAAGUCCGACAAGCAGUAUCGUGGACGUCAUUCCCCUACAAGAAACUUCACGGCCCGACGAUAAGAUUGGAGAUGACCUGUAUGAUCCCUACGUUGCUAUCACGGGUAGUUCUAGUUCGAGUGCUGGUACACCGAGAGGUUCUUUUCGCCUCGAACCCAAUAGGAGAGGUUGA